CAGGACAGAGUGUGGGACGGACGGACUGAAGUGAAGGCUGACAGACCAGACGUGGGACUGGCCGACCGGCUGUUUGUGUCCGACAGGUUGUGCCACGGCUAAUGCGUCGCGGCCUUGUGUGUCACGUCGAGUGACUGAUGAAGCGACCGACAGAAAUAGCUUUUCGAUGGACUUUGAGAUGGGCUUGUGACUGAAAUCCUCAGUGUCUGGUUGAGACGCUGACUAACAUGGUCUUCCCGCCUCUGCCUCCCAAGCCCUGGAAUUGCUGGUGUAAGCCACCAUAUGGUGAUGAAGCUCUGACAUUUCUUCAGACCUCAAUCUGAGGCUUGAGUCAUCCCUGUGACUCACUGAACUCUUCUGCCCUAUGGCCAUCCCCAAGAGCCCUCUGAGCCCAGUUCUGUGGGAACAGGAUAGCUUCCUUCAGGUGAAGGUCAAAGAGGAGGAAGAAGCUAGCGAGUCCCAGAGCCAGGAAUCCAGCCCUAGCUUUACUGCCCACCCUGAGGCUGCACGCUUGCGCUUCAGGCACUUCCGCUAUGAGGAGGCAUCCAGCCCCCACCAAGCGCUAGCCCAACUGCGAGAGCUAUGUUGCCAGUGGCUGAGGCCAGAGUCAUCCUCCAAAGAACAGAUGCUGGAGUUGCUGGUGCUGGAGCAGUUCCUGGGUGCACUGCCCCCUGAGAUCCAGGCCUGGGUGGGUGCUCAGUGCCCAAAGAGUGGAAAGGAGGCCGCCGUUCUGGUGGAGGAUAUGACUCAACUGCUGGACAGGAGAGGAUGGGAGCCAGGCGUGGACCGUGAAGAGGCAAGUUGCAAACAGAGCAAUACAGAUGAAUUGGAGCCACCAGAAAUGGCCACUGAAACCAUCAUGGGAAGCGUUUCCCCAAAAUCUACCCUUGCCCACACUUGUAAACCUGAGAGCAGCUCAGAGAGCCAGCCAGAGCUCCUAGGAGCACUCUGGAUGAAGUCUGCUGCCCAAGAGACGGAUUUCAGAAAAGCUCUGGGACCUCACGUGGAUGCCCCCAAAGACCAGCCUGGCCAUGAGUCUGAUGCCUCAGGAAAGAGUUCCAGCAUGUGGCCCAACCUCCCUUCCCAAGACAAGGCUUCUUCAGAGGAGAAGUUUGGCUCCUUACUUGAUAAUGGGACAGUGUCUCCAGAUACACACUCAGAGAAGAAGUCCUCCAAGGAUGGUGAAUGUGUGAAAACAUUCCAGAACACGUCAGCCCUGGGGACCCGCAAGAAGAGCCACUCCCAGAAGACACCCUAUGCCUGUAUUGAGUGUGGGAAGAUAUUCAGUCGGAGCACCCACCUUGUCCAGCACCAGGUCGUUCACACAGGAGCAAAGCCCCAUGCGUGUAAAGAGUGCGGUAAAGCCUUCAGUCGCGUGGCCCACCUGACACAGCACCAGAGGAUUCACACUGGGGAGAAGCCUUAUAAAUGUGAGGAAUGUGGGAAAACCUUCAGCCGCAGCACCCACCUCACCCAGCAUCAGCGAGUACACACAGGCGAGCGGCCCUAUGAGUGUGAUACGUGUGGCAAAGCCUUCAGCCAGAGCACCCACCUGACACAGCACCAGCGCAUCCACACUGGGGAGAAGCCCUACAAGUGCGAUGUGUGUGGGAGAGCCUUCAGUGACUGUUCAGCUCUGGUCCGGCACCUGAGAGUCCACUCCGGAGAGAAGCCUUAUCAAUGUAAGGACUGCCCGAAGGCCUUCGCACAAAGCUCCUCCCUCAUUGAACACCAGCGAACUCACACGGGGGAAAAGCCUUAUAAAUGCACUGACUGUGGGAAAGCUUUUAGCCGAAGCUCGGCUCUCAUGGUGCACGUAAAGAUCCAUGUCGCCGUGACUGGAAGCUCCCCUCAGAGUACAGCACAGCCUCCCGGAGAUGCUUGACAUCUGAGCAAGCCCAGUAAUUGUGCUACCCAGUGUCCAAGGGCAGAGUGGGGCUGUCUGGGAACACCUCUACAUUUGAGGUCCCAGGGCAAUGAACACAGAUUCAGAGCAAUUGGUGAAGCUUCUAGAAGCUUCCGACUGCCUUCCAUAUCCCACUCAGGCUGACACCAGAGAGAAGAUCCUAGUGAACUGAUGAUCUGGAUUGCUUCUGGGAACCAGAGCCAGGUGUCUUUCCGGGCUCAGAUGGCCCAAGUUCCUCCCGGCAGCAAGGACUAAGCUUCGGGUUCUCACACGCUGCUGUUCUCCCCGGUUCUGUUGCUGGUCAGCCUAGAAUGGCCCACUCUGUGCCUUCCUACCUGCUUUCCCCACCAGAAUACUUUUCGCCUAACUCCAAGACAGGCGUGUGAGGCUGCCUCUCCGUGCUGUCCCUCUCCUGUUCCCUGCUUUAAUCCACAGGGUCCAUCUGCCUUCCACGUCUCCCAGGCUCCAGCCUGUGGAUGCAGCUCGGGCUCCUCUCUGAUCUAUCCCCUCCUCCAGCGUCACCUCCUCGGAACUCACCUUACCUCCCACUGGAUUCCUACCAGGGCUCCUUUCUCACCUCCUCCUGCCUUCAUUCCAUCCCCACCCACUUCCUUCCUGCCCCAUCUCUUUCUGCUACCCAGAUCACAUUCCAUGACACAGUAUGUUGUCAGUGAAUCACCUCUCCAAGAAACAAGCAUGCCAGGAUACAGGACACUUUGGCCCAGGCAAUUACUCUAGUUAUCCUCAAAUAUGUAUAAGAAUGUUGUCAUUUGUCUUUGAGCGCAGUGUGUGAAAGUGAUUUCAAAGUACUGGUCUAUAACUGGGCAAACUAUACUCCUUGUCUGUUGUCUCGUGUUUGCUCCAGACCUGGCCUGCUCUUGCCUCUUCCACUCCUUGUCGCCUCACCUCACACAUGCCAGCCAUACUGUCCCCCACCUGUGUGCCUUUCUGUCCCUGGAACCCUGAGAUUUUCUUUCCUCUAUGUGUCUCAGAUGUCCUUGAAAAGCUUCCCCAAACACUUUGACCUGACCUUAUCUCGCCUGAGUCUCUUGCUGCAGGGGAACCCCAGUAACUUUCUUAAACCUCUUUACCAUGUCAUUGUACUUGCACUUCUUGCACAGUGCAUAGGCCAGCGCUCCCAAAGUAUUUUAUGCUGUGGACACAGUGUACAAGAUGCAGCAAAUCCUUCCCAAUAUCUCUAGGAUGAGUGGAACCAAAUACCUCCCUUAGGCAGUCACUGUCCUACACCCCAUGUUUUCUUCAUAAAGACAUUUAUGGAAGAACCACUGUGCCCAUAUAAGUCCAGCUGCAGCGGUGAAAACAAAACAUGGCUAUACCAAGCCUUCCUUGCCACAGGUCCCGAAGCCCUGGGUACCAUAGACUUAAGGGAUGCCAGCACUCUUCCAAUCCCAAAAUCUACUUUGCCUGCCUUCCUUUUCCUCAGAAAGACAAUCCCCCUGGCUCCUGUGCCUCCUGACUAAUACGGGUAACUUCACAAGGUUUUCUUUCAGUCAUGGAUCUGUGUGAGCUACUGUGUCUAUAUCCAUUAGCAUAAUACAUUUUGUUUUCCUGAA